AUGGAAGCAAUAGUCUUGAAAGAAGAGGAUGACAUUUCAAAAGAGAUCAAAUUACAGAAGUUAAGGCGCAUAGAUCUAACUGUUUUACCAAAAUUUGAAUGUUUUUAUUCAGGCAAUGACACUUUACAGUUACCUUGCUUGACGCAAGUGGGCAUAUGGAUGUGCCCCAAGAUGGAGUUUUUCUCUGGAGGAGAGAUACACCUGAAUUCUUCUUUUAGAGGAAUUCAAGCUUCAAGCGUCUCAAGUGAUGACUUGAUCUUCUACCAUGAUCUUAACUCUUCAGUAGAAAGGGUCUUCUUGCAACAGGAGUUUUUUCAAGCCGUGGACAGGGAGUGUUUUUCUGAUAAUCUUGAGCUACAAGCAGACCCACGUUAUAAAAUUGGUCUGCAAAACAAAUGGUUGGCCAAUUUGAAAACUUUGAAGCUGCAUAAAUGCACUCUAUCAUAUGCAAUUCCAUCUUCUAUUCUUACUCUUUUAAAGAACUUAAAAGAGUUAGAAGUACGAGAUAGCAAUCGAGUAGAGGCAAUUUUUGAUAUAAAUGACGACACUGAGAUUAAGGAAACAGAAUCCCAGUUGGAGAUAUUAUUUUUAAGUGGGCUAUCAGAGCUUACGAAUGUGUGGGAAAAGGACACUCACAAAAUUCUCAUCUUUCGCAAUCUACAAGAGGUUUUUGUUAGUAAUUGCCCAAAGCUACAAACUUUAUUUCCUGUUUCCCUGGCUAAAAGUCUCAAGGAUCUUAAGAAGCUUAAAAUAGAUAACUGUAUAAAUUUAAAAGACUUUGUUGAACAGGAAGAAACAACAUUUGUAACAGAAAAGUUUGUGUUCCCUUGUCUAGAGGAUUUGGAACUCAAUGACUUGCCCCAGAUCACUUGUCCUAAAAUGUUCACUCUGGAAUUCCCCUCCGUAAAAUUCUUAUCUGUGAGGGAAUGUGAUGGGUUAGGGUUAUUUCAAAGUGCAUACGAUCCCAUGGGCGAGGGUACUUCAAGCAGGACACUUCCUCUUAUCUCAGACCCAAAUGUCAUUUCCAACCUGGAGAAACUAACUCUUGAUUGGAAACAAAUUAUGGCAUUAAGCUUAUUGUUUAAGUCACAACAGUCUACUGAAGGCCUCAUAAAUUUAAACAGCAUUUCCUUGUGUUUCUUUGGUGCCAAGGAGAAUGAAAUGCCCAUGUUGCCCGUUGAAAUACUCAAGGCACCAAAUUUAAUAGAAAUGAAUAUAUACAAUUGUGAAAGUCUCGAGAAUUUCCUUGUUCAAAACCCCAAAAUUAGUGAGGAGGAGGUGCUGGAACAGUUAAAAACCUUGUGGCUAUGCAAUGUGUCCAUUACACAGUUCUCAGAGUAUUCAUCAAGCUUAAACAUAAUCUGUGAGAGGCUUCACAAAUUACUUGUUACCGGAUGUGAUCACUUAUCAACAUUAGGAGUACAUUGUACUUCUACGGUGUCUUUCUCAUGUUUGAAAAAAGUGAUUAUAUCCGAUUGUCCAAACUUGAAGUAUUUAUUUACAUCUUCAGCUGCGAAAAUGUUAAUGAACCUUGAGGAGAUUAGUGUCACCCGAUGUGAAUCACUGACAGAAAUAGUGGUUAAAGACGGAGAUGCAACUUCCGAAGCCAUCAAAUUUGAGCGACUCCACUCCAUUUAUCUACUAUAUUUAACAAGUUUAGUAUGCUUUUAUUCUGGCAGUGACACUCUGCAAUUAUCAUCUCUGAAAACUGUUACAAUAUGUAGCUGCCCAAACAUGAAGAUUUUCUCCCAAGGAAUUGAAUCCCUUAUGGGAAUUACGUUAUCCAUGGACCUGGAACCAGACGAUUUACCCCCUCCACAAGAUCUUAACACCAGAAUAAAAGGGAUAUCACAAAGAAAGGAGUUUAUUGAAGCAGUGGACAAGGAGUGUUUUUCUGGUUAUCUUGAGCUACAAGAAGAUCCACAUUGUAAGUUUAGCCUACAAAACCAAUGGUUGGGCAAUUUGGUUAGUUUGAAGCUUGAGAACUGUACUCUGCCAUGUGCAAUUCCAUCUGCUAUUCUUACUCUUCUAAAGAGCUUAAAAGAGUUGGAAGUACGGUAUAGCACAACAGUAGAGGUACUUUUUUAUGUGAAUGACACUGAAACUACACAAAUAGCAUCGCAGUUGAAGAUGUUGACCUUAGAAGGGCUAUGGAAGAUGACACGUGUUUGGGAAAAGAAGAAAAAUGGAGUUCUCAUCUUUCCGAAUCUGCAACAGGUCAUUGUUAGAGGUUGUGAAAACCUGCAAACUUUGUUUCCUGCUUCCCUGGCAAAAAAUCUAAAAAGUCUAAAAAGCCUUCAAAUAGAAUGUUGUGCUAAGUUGCAUGAAAUUGUAGAAAAAGAAGACACAGAAGCAAAGUUUGUGCUCCCUUGUUUAGAGAAGUUGAAUCUUUUUUCCUUGCCAAGAAUCACUUGCUUUUGCCCUCAAACAUUCACUUUGGAAUGCCCAACCUUAAAUAAAAUAUCCGUGGUACAGUGUGACAAAUUGGAGUUAUUUCAAAGUUCAGAUUCCAUGGGUGAGGGUACUACAAUUAACAGAAAGCCUCUAAUUUCAAGUCUAGAGGUCAUUUCAAACCUGAGAGAAUUAGAACUUGAUUGGAAACAUAUUCUGGCAUUAAGAACAAGGCUUAGGUCUGAAAAAUUUACUGGUGUCUUCAAAUAUGUAAAUAACAUGAAGCUGGUCUUGGACGGUGAUGAGAGUGAGAUGCCUCUAGUGUUCAAUGAAAUAGUUCAUACAACACCCAACUUAAUAGAAAUGACGAUGGUUAUGGUCAAUUGCAAUAGUACGGAGAUUGUUCUUGCUCAAAACCCCAAAAUUGUUGAGGAUGGGAGGCUCUUACAGUUAAGAAUAUUGACACUAGUCCAUGUAUAUGCUAUCAUGUCCAUCCAGUCACAAAACUCAUCAUGGUUAAACACAAUCUUCGAGAAGGUUCACGAAUUACAUGUCAUCGAAUGCCCUCAUGUUGAAACAAUUGGAGUGCAUUCUACUUCUACAAUGUCUUUCUCUUUUCUGAAAAAGUUGGUUGUACAAGGAUGUCCCCGAUUGCAGUAUUUAUUUACAUCUUCAGUCGCAAAAAAGUUAGUGAACCUCAAAGAGAUCCUUGUCGAACAAUGUGAAUCACUGAAAGAAAUAGUGGCCAAAGAGGAAGAUGAAGAUGAAAAUGAGAUGAUCAUGAAGCUUGAGUAUUUGACUCUUAUCUCAUUAGACAAAUUUGAAAGCUUUUACACGGGGAGUUCCACUUUGAGUUUUCCAUCCUUGAGAAGAGUGUGGGUUGAAAAAUGCUUCAGCACCAAAAUUUUCCGCCGUCGUGAUAAAGUACCUCCGAAAUUUAGGGUGGCAAUAGAUGAAAUCCGUUAUAAAGGUGAUACAAAAUCUCUGAUCACGCAACAGUUUGAGGAGGAGACAUCAUGA